AUAAUAAAUAAUAUAUAAGUCGCCGUUACCGGGGAUAAUCUCCGAUCAUCGUCGGAAAUUUCCAAAUCGUGGUGAAAGAAGGUCACUCAAGGAUUUGGUUCAUUUGCGUAGAUCUUCAUUCCUCAGUUUUUUUCUUUCUGGGAGUUCUGUUUGUUGCUAUUUCUCUUUCGGGUUUUGUCCUAAUCCUCGUUAGUUUGGGUUUCGUAAGUCUCGUUAUAGAAGAACAUGGGACAAAAGAGGUGGUUCCUCUUGUUGGCAAUUUUUUCUUGUCUUCUUCCCUUUUCAUGUGGUAGAGGUGUUCUCAAGUUGAAGAGCGAUGAUGAUCGACCUGUUUACAACCAUACUCAUGCCAUAACACUUGUGGAGUAUGCUUCUGCGGUCUAUGAGUCUGAUUUGACAAAACUCUUCAUGUGGACGUGCGAAAGAUGCAAUGGUUUUACAAAGGGUUUCGAAGUUAUAGAGAUUAUAUUUGACGUUGAGCACUGCUUACAGGCAUAUGUUGGGGUGGCUAAGAAUUUGAAUGCUAUCAUUAUUGCAUUUCGGGGAACUCAAGAACACAGCAUUCAAAAUUGGGUCUCAGACUUGUUUUGGAAACAGCUCGAUCUGAACUACCCUGAUAUGCCAGAUGCAAUGGUGCACCAUGGCUUUUACAGUGCUUAUCACAAUACAACUGUACGGCCUGCAGUGUUAGAUGCUAUAGGACGAGCAAAGAAAUCCUAUGGGGCGAACAUCAACAUCAUAGUCACUGGUCAUUCAAUGGGUGGAGCAAUGGCUUCCUUUUGUGGGCUAGACCUAGUUGUAAAUGAAGGAGAAGAAAACGUACAGGUUAUGACAUUUGGGCAACCUCGUGUUGGGAAUGCUGCUUUUGCAUCUUACUACAGUUUGCUUGUGCCUAACACAUUCCGUAUAACGCAUGACCGUGAUAUUGUUCCUCAUCUGCCUCCUUAUUAUUUCCAUUUCCCCCAAAAAACAUACCACCAUUUCCCAACAGAGGUGUGGGUGAGAGAAUUCUCUUUUUCGAAUUUUGUUCUUUUUGGUUUGGAAAAAGUUUGUGACAACACUGGUGAAGAUCCUACUUGCAGCAGAUCGGUGAGGGGAACUAGCAUUUCUGACCAUUUAAGGUACUUUGGGGUGGCAUUGAAUUGUGAAACUUGGAGACAAUGCAGCAUAGUGAUGAACCAAGAUAUGGAGAAGUACAGCAAGAAAGAUUCAAAGGGUAACCUAUUGCUGUCACGGACAGUUCCUCCUACAGACGUCAACAAAACAAGUACUCUAUCGAGAACUGGAAUCUCUGGUCCAUAAGAGUUGGUUGAGUCAUGUCUUGAACAAGAAAGCUUGCUUCAACGGGAUGUUCGCGCCUUAAAAAGGGAUUCAAUGUGGAGGAAGAAGAAGGGUUUUUAGAUAUUUUUGUGGUCGGGAAGAAGGUGAACGAAUGGCUUGUAAAUAAGUCCUAAGUUGGUCGCAUGUAGCAUCUUAAAUCUAAUAUUCAUGAUCAUAUUGAGAUUGGAUUCAACUAUAUAUAUGUAAAUAUGUCAAUUAAUAAUGAAUAAUGACAUUGUACAGUAGCAGAAUAGUUAAAAAAAAAAAAGUUCUUUAAA